UUUUUAAAUAGAGUGGAUAGGGAGUGAUGCGGGGACGGCCCACUUCUAAUCUUGACUGAAGAAGGGAAGGCCCAAGUGGCGUGGCUGAAGCAAUGGAUGUGACCCAAACCAAGCAAGAACAUCUCUUGGCCUUGAAAGGUCCUGUUCUCAGCUGCAGAGCACACAGAAUAAGAUUCUUUUGAGAAAUAACAUCUUGUUUGUUGAGACACGCCUGCCCAGAAAACUUUUAAAAUAAGACAUGGAUUCCCACUGUACAAGGAUGGAAAUGGUUCUGCACUACCGAGCUCAGGAAAAGGACCCUGCAGCAUUACAAAGCAUUGCAGAAGAAGCCUUGAAGAAAUUUCCUAGGCGGCAGCUGCCAGUCUUCAUACCCUGGUUUCCAAACACUUCAUGUAAACUGCCUGUUAAACCUAAAAAUGCUCCUCCAGUUGUUUCUGUUAGGGAAGUAGAACAAGUGAAACAAUCUAUUGCUACUUCAGAAACUAUUUGCAACGCUUCCUUAUGUUAUAGUGCAGAAGGGCUUAAGGAAUUUGAACCUAACAUAAAAGCUGAACAGACUUUACACGAUGAACAUGAAGAAACUGACUUGACCAAUUUGGGAAAGCCAUCAGGACAUGGCAGAGGCAAGCUAAGGAGAACUUGGAGUGUUUCUCUACCCAGCUCCAAACUUAAAGGCAGCAUUCUUCCUUUAUCUCUAGAAUUGCAGAGAACUUUAAAAAAAUUAAAGCUGCAUGUAUUCUAUAGAGCAUGGUGGAUAAUAGAACCAUCUAUUUGUAACAACCAAGUUUUGGAAGAUGUUUGGAUAAAUCUUAAUGGCAUGAUCAAACACAAUGAACUUCCAUCUUGUAACGCUACAAUCCAGAGACAUGAAAACCAGAUUUUGAUUUUUUGUGAUAUAUUAUACUGUGAAAAUAUUGCAAACAGGCUUAGAAAAAAAUUAAGCAUUAAGGGAAAGAUGAAUCUGCUUGUUCACAAAUAUGGGAUUAUACAUAGUUUCUAAUGUUUAGCUAAAGCAAGGCAGUCUGCCACUUGGGAUCUGAUAAAUCAAAUUAGCACAUUUGCUGCUGUAUAUUUUCCAAACACACACCAUUCACCACUCUUCCCAACAAAGGACUAAACAGGAGGUAGCAUUUACAGAUGGCUGGUUGAGCAUUAAGCUCAAAGCGAUCUAUUUCUUCUAUUCCCUAUGAAGCUAAAAUCUAAAUCUAAAUGUUUGUGCAGGCAACAAGCAAGGCUGUAUUUUUAAAUAUAAUGCUAAAUAAACUACAAAUGGAAUUUAUGGAUUUAUUUGCUGUGCCUUCUGGCAGGAUAAAUCAAGCAGAAGUAAUCAUGAAGCAUGUGCUGGUAUAAGCCACUUUAAUAUUACAUUUGGUGAAUCAUACUUUCUUAUAAAUGAUACCAGACAAAUACAAGACUGUUUAUGUUAAAUGUUUCUAGUUUGUUCUGUAGGACUAAAAAUACCAAUAUUUUGUUGAGUGCUAGAAAUCCUUAUCGUAGAUCCUCACAUCAUUUCUGAAUUUAUUGUUUAAUUAAAUGAUUUUCUUAAUAUGACUCAGUAUAAGUGGUCAAGUGGUGAUAAAACGUAUUUGCAAAUGAAUUGAUUUCUACAAAGAUGUAUUGUACUACUAUAAGUUUUCCAAAGAUACACAAUUAUUUCAGAAGAUGACAUUUGGGAGAAUAAUUCUACAUAUUAAUAAUUAUGUUUAGAAUCUUCAUUACUAGAUCAAUAAAAUAUUUGUGUAUAAAUAUUAAAU